AUGAGAAUUUUUUUGGGACUUCAAAACAAAAGAACAGCUAAUGGUCCUUUGCAAGUCAUGAAUUUUAAUAAACGAAAAAGACCUAUCGUGAUAAGUAUAGUAGUGAUAGCGAUACUAUUAGUACUCACAAAGCUAUUAACUUUACCUAAAUCGAGUGAGAAUUUCCAGAAAGUGUUUCAAAACAUUCCUAAUGAAAAUAUUCUAGGGAUCUCUAAAUUGAUUUAUAACGAGAAUGAAAAGACACAAGAUGAGUUUUUGAAUAAAUUAGAAAGAUUAAACAAGAAGUUGAUUGCUAAACAAGAUGAGAGAUUGAUCCAUUUGGAAAAAAUGAACGAAAAUCUCGUUAAUCAGAUUCGAAUAUUGAAAAAUCAAAAUCCAAACCUUUCAUUAAGAGAUAAAUUGAUAUACUUAUAUCCAUACGAGUCUGACGCGAGAUUUCCAGCGUACAUAUGGCAGACUUGGAAACAUGGUUUAAACGAUGAGAAUUUUGGCACGAAAUACAAGGAAGGAGAACAGCAAUGGGCGUAUAAGAAUCCUGGCUUUGUUCAUGAAAUUUUUAAUGAUGAUACCGCUCAUACCGUCAUUAAGUAUUUGUACAAUUCGGUGCCAGAGAUCAUUAAAGCCUAUGAGUUAAUGCCAGAAAUCAUUUUGAGAAUGGACUUUUUCCGUUAUUUAAUUCUCUACGCUAAGGGUGGAGUUUAUGCAGACAUUGAUACAUAUCCAUUACAACCAGUCCCUAAUUGGAUUCCAGAAAAUGUAUCACCUCUGGAACUCGGAAUGAUUAUUAGCGUUGAGACUGAUUCGAAUCUGAAUAACUGGAGACAAGAAUUAGCACGUAGACUACAAUUUGGUCAAUUCAUAAUGCAAGCUAAACCAGGCCAUCCUAUUUUAAGGGAAAUUAUAAGCCGAAUCACCGAGAAAACGUUAAAAUUGAACUUAAAAGAGGAAGAAAUCCCGAAUGAUUUAAAAUUGUCUGGUAGUUCCAAUCAAAAGACAUUGAAAAUAUUAAAAUGGACUGGUAGUGGAAUUUGGACUGAUGUGAUAAUGAAUUAUUUUAAUAACUACAUACAAAGUUCAAUUUAUCAAAAAAUUACAUGGCAAGAAUUCCAUGAUUUGACAAUUCCAAAGCUUGUUAGUGAUGUGUUAGUUUUGCCUAUAGGUUCGUUUGCGUCCCAAUUAGAAAUCCCAAAGAACGGAAAAAUCAAUGAUCCUUUGGCAUUUGCCAAACAUUAUUCUUCCAAAAUUUGGAAAACUACAUAG